UCCUUGUCGUCUUCUUUCCUCUUCUCUUUCUUUCAGAUCUGUCAAAACGCCAUUUUGGACGUGUUUUGUCGCUGUCGACGCGAAAAAUAAAGAUUCGCCAUGGGUCACGCAAAUAUCUGGUAUUCUCACCCUCGUAGAUAUGGUCAAGGAUCUCGUUCAUGCCGGGCGUGCUCCAACAGGCAUGGGCUUAUCCGUAAAUACGGUCUUAACAUCUGCAGACAAUGCUUCAGGGAAUAUGCACAUGACAUUGGUUUUAAGAAGCUGGAUUAAGAUGUUUUGAUUACCAAUAAACUAUAAGUUUAAGUAAA